AUGAUAAACGAAUUCUUAGAUUUCUGUCACAAGAAUGACGGACAUGAAAGAAACAGACAAUUACCAGCAAGAAAAAAAUGGAAAGAAGUCGAAGAUGAAUUGCUAUUAAAAGCAAUAAGAAAAUAUGGAACUCAAUGGACUAAAAUCCAAGAUGAAAUACCAUCCAAAGACUCCAGACAAUGUCAAGCAAGGUGGAAAAUACUCAAGCAUGUAUAUAUAUCAUAGUAAUACUCUCUAUAGAAAGAAGAAACCUUAAAUAGAUUAGAAGCCCUAGCAAGGGAUGACUUCUCUGACAAGGACAAUCACCUAUCAAAAAUGAAGAAACAAAUGAAAUAAAGGAAGGAAAUACCCAGGAGAUACAAUCCUAAGUUCGAUUACAAUGAGGAGUCCUCUAGUGAAUCCAUGCAUUUACAACAAUUCUAAGAAGCAUUAGCUAAACAACCGAAUAAAUUGUUACAAAUUCAAUAGCAACAGCAAUAGCAGCAACAGAAAAGGGAACAAUACUAGAAAUAAUUGUAAAAUCAAUAUCAGAAUGUGUGGAAUGCCAUGGAUGACAAAAUGUUGUGGACGGCAUAUAAAAUAUACAAAGGAGCAUGGAAUCAAAUCACUCCUAGAUUCCAAGAGAAGAACCCAUAGAGCUGCAUCGAUAGAUAUCAAUAAUUGUUAUAAUAGAAGAAAAUCAAGUUGUAAGAGGAUGCCUCGUCAGUGGAUGUAAUAUCAUCUCCCAAUGAUUUGGAUAGUUCCCAAGAGGGAUCAGAACAAUUUGAUAUCUCUGCUAGUGAGGAUGAGGAUUCAACAGAUUUAUAACGGUCUGAUUGCAAAACAUUAUAAACAAAAUAAUAAUAGUACAAAGGAGUUUACACAGUAUAGCAAUGUCAUACCAACAUUGAAAGAAUUUUGAAAUCAUUUUCCAAUCAUAAUCUAGAUACUUUGCCUGGCAUACGUGAAUCGAUCGUCAAGCUCAUAUUAACAGAUUGA